AUGAGCUUUAUCCCGAAAGAAGAAAAGGACCACUUCAGCGAUUUUAGCAAGUUUUAUAGCGUGAAAUUUGGGGAGAAGAACCCUCCUUUCGAUGCUGUCGGUCUAGCGACAUGGCGUUUCCUACUGGAAGGUGAGCUGGGCCAACCUUCACUCAAGGCUCAAAGCCUACGAUACGUCAUCGACUCUAUCGAACAGCAAACCGCUCAAGUCCUGAGUGACAGAAAGAAUUUACAGUCUCUGGUUGACGAAGCAUCUGUUGAAGAUGUUCAACCAAAGAACAAAGAUGUAACUAGCCGCGAUUCAUGUCGCGGCUCAGAUCAUGGUCUGAAUGGUGAAAAUCUCGAAGAUGGUUUUGGCUGGACCAUCGGUAAGCGCAACGCGGACAUCUGGAGCCUAGACUGCAUCCAAGCUUGGGAGGACUUCACGGCUAGCCUGGAUUAUCAGUCGGAAAACCAAGGAGCUGUUAGGAGUUUUUCAGGUUCCACCUACGACAGCGUGGCUGAAGGAACCCUCCAAUCGAUGGCGGACUUGUACUCGUCGCAUACGUUCUCGUCUAAUCAGUAUUCGAAUAUCCCAUGGAACUCUGCGCAAGACGUCAGCGCAUUAAGCAUAGACGAUAUUACACCUGUGACUCCCACUGUGGAGUCAUUCUAUCGUCAGAAGACUGGAACUCCACACAUGUCGCUCAACUGUACUUACCACUUCUUUUUCUCCCACUACAUCUUUAACGAGACCGCGUCACACCUCCUCUACAAACAAAGCCGCAAGAUAUCGCAUCACAUCAAGUAUUCAAGAAAGAAAAGAUACGAUAUGCCUAAAAGUGCACCAAAAAGCAAGAACCCAGUCGGUCGUCCACGCAAAGAUGGUCUCCCAGCGGGCUAUUACAAACAUAAGAAAGUCGCCCAAGCGCACUCGACAGCGCUCAAUGCAGCUGCCUCGGAGGGUACUGAACAAAUUGAGAGAAGACCUCGCUGCCGACCACGCAAGCACGAUACCUUGUCGGGUUCUAAGUGGGUUGCGAAGGCGUCGGCCACAGCGCCUGUCGUCCAGCCGGCACCACAAACAGCGUCUGGAGAUUCGCUAUCUCUAUCACCAUCACUACUGCCAUCAUGGAACAUUCCUUCUAAGAAAAAUAUCGAUACAAGACAUAAACCAAAAGCAGGGUCUUUCACCGAUCCUGGAAUCGACGACUCUUACGAUACACACGUCUCUACUCCUUCAGGCACGGCGACGGAGUUUGAUGAUGAUACAGAUGAACGAGAUGGAGACACAGAAGACACAGAUAUGGAGAUGCUUAGAUUGGAAGGUACUGAAAGGAUACUAAGCAGAUAUAGACUUGACGAGCAGAGGAAAAUGUUUCCGCUGGUAGAAGCUGAGGACGAUCCACCAACGGAGGAAGAACUAAAGGUACAAGCACAAACGGAAGAGCAAAGACGAGAGGCAUCACAUCAACGCCAGAAGAAAAUGUGUGAAGCUCACGACUGUUCCAACCCGAAUUGCCGGUUGAAUCAUGUCAGGAGAGCGAAUCUGGACUUUUUCUUGCAAGGUCUCGACCAGCGUAUAAGUCAAUUAGACGAGCUCACAAGCCAGCUGCACGAAUUUGGGGAGGCAGUUGCAGAGACAGCGGCGCCAAUACGCGAUGUGACAGCAGUAGAAGGAGGAGCGCCAUCCGCGUAUGUCAUGGAAACAGAACCGAACCAUGAAAGCGAAUUUGAGACAUUAUUUUCUGCUAUCAUGCAAGGUCGUGUGGAGGAACCAGACACGUCAGCCUAG